AGCUGAUUGGUAGCCACGUGACCUCGUCGCUUGUGUGAAAACACAAAAUGGCCGUUUCGUGUGUGUCAACUGCUCCUGUGGUAAUGGCAUUUCUUCUCUUUUUAUCUGCUAUACUGUCGACAGGGAGCUGCGGCGGCCAGGUGCCACUUGUACUGUGGUCCAGCGAAGGGCAUCCUGUUCCCCGGCAGACUCCGCCUCCAGCGGGACAUGUCGUGUCGGCAGCGGAGCUGGACUCCUACCUCAGCUCAGUCCUGGCCGCCACACCACGGAACACGCUACUCUUCCUCCAGGACGAGUUGAGCGUGGAUGACUUCACCGUUUUCGGAGGUGUUUUUGGGAACAAGGAGGACAGCGUGUUCCCUCACCUGGAGUCUGCACUGAAGGCGUCCUCGUCCCCCCUGGUGCUGCCGGCUCUGUCCUGGGGGGGGUCCAGCGCUGUCCUGCCCCUGCUGCAGCAGCACCUCGGCACCCCCCCUCUCUACCUGGACCCCCCCAGCCUGACCCAUCUGCGCCUCAAUGCCUCCGUCGCCGCCCUGUUGGUCAUUCGCCUGCCCUACAAAGCUGGCUCUGGCCCGGAGUCUUCCAGAGACGCUCUCAGUGGAAACGAUGCGGUGAUUGGUCAGGUUCUGGACAUCAUGAAGGCCCAGGCUGUACCAUACACCGCCAUCUACACGGCGUUCAAACCUUCACGGCAGGUGGCAGAGGACCUGUCCGAGGGCGUGCAGUCGGUUGGCCGCUCCCUGCUGCAGGCCCCCGCGGGAACUCUGGCUCCUCUACAGUACUCUGUGAAUGGGACGGCCUGCAUCCUGCUGUGGGCGGAGAGCCUGGAAGUCAGCGUGUUUAACAAGACGUGGCAGACCUACGAUCUGGCACCAGAGACCUUCAGCACCAGCCUCAACGUCACCAACCCCAACGUCACGCUCGCCAACUCAACCUGCGGUGCCACACAGGCGGAGUCCCGGCUCGUCCUCAAUUACGCGAACAUUCUGGGCUUCCGGAAAUUCAGCCUGACUUUCACCAUGAGCCGGCGCUUUUACCCGGUGUCCGCGCGCGAGUGGUUCACGCUGGACGCAGUGGAGCUGGAGUACGACGGGCAGACGGCGUUCUUCAACGGCAGCCGCGACCUCAACGCCCCCGCGGAGUACUCCUACCACUGCGCGUCCGUCACCAGCUUCAGCCAUGCGCUGCUGGUGCCCUUCGACCCCACGGAGAGCGGCCAAUGGCGGUUGAGUUUCACUGACUUCCAGAUCCAGGGCUUCAGCGUAGCAGGCCCCAGGUUCAGCUACGCCAGCGACUGCGCCAGCUUCUUCACGCCGGGCAUCUGGAUGGGCCUGAUCGUAACCCUGCUCAUGCUGCUGAUCCUGACCUACGGCCUGCACAUGAUCACGCAGCUCCGGACCAUGGACCGCUUCGACGACCCCAAAGGGCCCGCCAUCUCCGUGCCCCUGAAUGAGUGACCCCCCCCCCCCCCCCCCCCAAUGCUGCUCCCCCCCGCCCCCAACACUUAGCUCACUGGAACCUGCUACAUUCCACCGAACUUCCCUGUCUGUGUCUCUCAUUUUCAAACAGCAUGUGUGUUCCAUUAUCCCCUUGUGUUUAAAAAAGAAAAAAAAAAGAAA